AUGUAUUUUAUUGGCUAUCCUAUCGCCGUGAAUCCUGCGGUGUUCGCCUCCAUGUUCGAGCAGACAGCCGCGGAGGCGGUUGAUCUGUACCCAACAGAAACAGCGCCGGGUAGGAGGAGAGGAAGACAAACAUACAGCCGAUUCCAGACUCUCGAGCUGGAAAAGGAGUUCCUCUUUAACCCCUAUCUCACCAGGAAGAGGAGGAUCGAGGUGUCCCACGCACUAGGACUCACCGAGAGGCAGGUAAAGAUCUGGUUUCAGAACAGGAGGAUGAAAUGGAAAAAAGAGAACAACAAGGACAAAUUCCCCGCUUCCAGACAGGAGGGAAAGGAAGGGGAGGCCAAAAAGGAAGCACAUGAUCUGGAAGAAGACGGAGUAGAAGGCCAGAUGAAUUAA